UCUGUGGAACCGCCUGUCCACCUCCACUACCUCCCAACCCCCAUGUUUUCUUCACAGUGUGCCUCAGAUCCCAACUCCUCCGUGCCAUUUUUCUUUUCUUGGGUUUCAAUUGCUUUUCAAAGUUUCUUUCUUUUGGUGAGUGAGUGAGAGAGAGAGAGAGAGAGAGAGAGGCCAUCACCCAUGCGAUUGUGCAGCAAGCAUCGACUGAACGUGCAAGGUGUACCAGACCCUGCUCUGGACGGCGAAGUGUAUCAUCCCACAUAUGCCUGAGGACAUCCUGAGGACAUGCUAGAAUGAUCUCCAUUGGGCGGAAAAGACACGGACCAUCCCUGAGAAGCACAGUCGCGAAUCUGGGACCAGAAAGAGGUACCGGGGCUCUGGAUGCCAGAAACCCCAGUGCGCAGGAUUACUCAGAUGUUGGAGAGGUUUCCUUAACCCACGCUGGCGAUGCCUCAGGAUGUUUUCCAGGAGGUCACAUAAGAGCCACAUGCCACAGAUGGAGGAGAACCUGAAUGAGAGCCCCUGCUCUACUUCCCUGAAGGAAAGGAGGAAGCCCCAUGCCAUCAGCACGAAGCCGCGCUGGCUCAGGGGUACAAAGGUCACACGCGGGGAUGAUAAUGAGAACUGUGUGCGGUGGACCAUCGAUGCAGGCCUGCUGAAGCAGCGAGUGGAACACCUCGUGCCCGCCUUCCUGGGGAGAGACCCCACAUAUGUCUCCACCUUCUUGGGCACGUACACAACCUUUACUACCACCCAAAAGGUCUUGGAAGUGUUGUUUAUGAGAUACGGAUGCUUCCAUUCGGAGGCUGAGGAGGAUGGCGGACCCCGGGAGCAGGAGAAACGGGCCAUCUCCUCCAUCCUGGGCACCUGGAUGGAUCACUACCCCGAGGAAUUUUUCCGCCCUCCAGACUUCACCAGCUUGAAGCUGCUGCGGGCGUACGUAAGGGUCCACAUGCCCGGCUCCGAGUUGCAGCGCCGCGCCCGCCUUCUCUACUCAUGGCGGAAACACCCUUUGGCAGCAGCUCUAGAGCCCCGUCCAGACGUGCCUCGGGAGCGAGCCCCCGCUAUCUCUGUGGUGCCCACUGCAACCUCGCAGCCCAGGCUGCCGGAAGCCACCAGUUCUCCUGGAGCUCAGCGCGUACGAGAAUCGGAGACCCUCACUGCAGCGACCCCACCAGGGCAUGAGGAAUGGACCAACGAAGGAGGCUGGAUGCUACUGGAACAGCGAGUGGAGCACCUGGUACCUGCUUUCCUGGGUGGAGACCCCUCCUACCUCUUCACAUUUUUGAGCACGUACAGAGCUUUUGCUACCACCCAGCAGGUCCUGGAAAUACUGUUUAUGAGAUACGGAUGCUUCCAUUCGGAGGCUGAGGAGGAUGGCGGACCCCGGGAGCAGGAGAAACGGGCCAUCUCCUCCAUCCUGGGCACCUGGAUGGAUCACUACCCCGAGGAAUUUUUCCGCCCUCCAGACUUCACCAGCUUGAUGCUGCUGCGGGCGUAUGUAAGGAUCCACAUGCCAGGCUCCGAGCUGCAGCGCCGCGCCCGCCUUCUCUACUCAUGGCGGAAACACCCUUUGGUAGCAGCUCUAGAGCCCCGUCCAGACGUGCCUCGGGAGCGAGCCCCCGCUAUCUCUGUGGUGCCCACUGCAGCCUUGCAGCCCAGGCUGCCUGAAGCCACCAGUUCUCCUGGAGCUAAGCGCGUACGAGAAUCGGAGACCCUCACUGCAGCGUCCCCGCCAGGGCAGGAGGUACUCCCAGCUCUGGCUGAUAGUCAGGAGCUGGAAGAGCCACCUGCCCCUUUGGUGGUCCUAGAGCAUGAGCAGCCCUCAGCCCCAGCCGGCGGAGUCACGGAAGGGCUGGAGCAACCACCUGCUGCAGCUGAGCAACCAGCCUCAGCUCCCCAACAGCGGCUCAUGUCGGCUGCAGCCCCACAGGAUGAAUUCCCUCACCUCGACAUUGCGUUCUUUGUCAUGUUAGGAUUAGGCAUAGAGAUAUUUAGUGUACUUAUGUACUAUUGGCUUACACUUAACACAUAAAUUAAGUUUCAAAAAAUUUACUCUGAUCCUUUGAAAUUACAACUUCAAGUGUCAGUACGUA